AUGCUUCAUACCACCGGGCAAAAACCUCAUGCCGGGAUCCCUCUCGACGCUUUUGAGAAGACCGGAGUCAUGCCAUCUUUGUCCGACCUUUUCAAGAUGACUCACGCCAAACCGGACGAGACUUUUGUUGAUCCUGCAUCCGAGAAGCUCUUCAAUACUGUGGCUGCUCGGGUUGAUGAGCGGGAGACGCAACUCACCCAGCAGUCUCCGGAUGGAUUACCCGUCAAAUUGACGACGGAAGAGGUCGACAGGAUCUUCGAGGAGGUCGCUCCAAGAAAGAAGGGCCGGACGGUGGGAAUCGGUUCUGUCAACGAAGUCGCAAGGGCGACUUCGUCUUACUCUUCUAGACGGGCCCAAGAGACUUCUCAGAUGCAGGCUCGAUUGGAUACCCAGCAGGAGCGUUUAGACUCUCUCGAGAACCUGUUAGAUAUUAUGGCGAUGGGGAACCCGACCAUGCAGAGAGCGUUGGCGGCCAGAAGAGAAGCUCUCGGGAUGCAACAACGGGAUCCCGAUUCUACCGAUCCAGUGGGAGGGGGAACGAGCGGAGAGGGACCGAGCGGGACCAACUACUUUGAUGAUGUAUCGCUCCCGUAGAUUUUUAUUUUUAUAAUUUCGUUUUGUAAAAUAUUAAAACUUAAAUUUUAUUUAUGGAAUAUUUAUUUUCUAAACAAUUGUUUUUUUAUUAUUUGAAAUUUUAA